AUGGCGGGACAGUCUUAUCCUCCUCCUCGUCAAAAUACUCGCCUUGAUUCGCUCACAAAAAAAAAAAACCAUUCUUUUUUGCGCUCUCUCUCUCUCUCUCUCUCUCUCCUCUCUCGUCCCUCUCUAUAUCUGACAUUCAUUCAAACGGUGCUUCCUCGCUUACUUGCUGGUGCUUGCCAGUUUGCCUGCUCCGUCAUCCUCUUCAUACCCCUCCCUCUCUCUCUCUCUCUCUCUCUCUCUCUACCUCCUCUGCUCCUCCUCCUCCUCCUACUCUGCGUUGUAAUGGGAUCGUCGGCGGCGGAUUCUUCACCCGACAAGACCAUCCUCGUCACCGGCGGUGCGGGGUUCAUCGGGACCCACACUGUGGUCCAGCUCCUCGAGGGCGGGUUCAGGGUCUCCAUCAUCGACAACCUCGACAACUCCGUCCCCGAGGCCGUUGACCGCGUCCGCGAGCUCGUCGGUCCCCAGCUCGCCGGCAACCUCGACUUCCACCUCGGCGAUCUCAGGAACAGGGAGGACUUGGAGAAGCUGUUUUCUCAGACCAAAUUCGAUGCGGUGAUACACUUUGCGGGGCUUAAGGCUGUCGGGGAGAGCGUGGCGAAUCCUCGAAGAUAUUUUGACAACAAUUUGGUCGGGACCAUUAAUCUGUACGAGGUCAUGGCUAAGUAUGAUUGCAAGAAGAUGGUUUUCUCAUCUUCUGCAACUGUCUAUGGUCAACCUGAGAAGAUACCUUGCAUCGAGGAUUUCCAGUUAAUGGCCAUGAAUCCUUAUGGAAGAACCAAGCUUUUCCUCGAAGAAAUUGCUCGAGACAUUCAAAAGGCAGAACCCGAGUGGAAGAUUAUACUGUUGAGAUAUUUCAACCCAGUCGGGGCUCAUGAGAGCGGCAGAAUCGGUGAAGAUCCAAAAGGGAUCCCAAACAACCUGAUGCCUUACAUACAACAAGUCGCGGUUGGCAGGCUGCCUGAGCUUAAUGUGUAUGGGCAUGAUUAUCCCACACGCGACGGAAGUGCGGUUCGAGACUACAUCCAUGUAAUGGACUUGGCAGAUGGUCACAUUGCUGCCCUUCAGAAGCUCUUCACAACACCCGACAUAGGUUGCACGGCAUACAACUUAGGGACUGGACGUGGAACGUCAGUCCUCGAAAUGGUAGCUGCAUUCGAGAAAGCCUCGGGCAAGAAAAUUCCAAUCAAACUAUGUCCAAGAAGACCGGGAGAUGCCACGGAGGUGUAUGCCUCCACGGAGAAGGCUGAGAAGGAACUCGGGUGGAAGGCAAAGUAUGGCGUGGAGGAGAUGUGCAGGGACCAGUGGAAGUGGGCAAGCAACAACCCUUGGGGUUAUCAGUCCAAGCCUUGACGAUUAUUAUUUUUUCUCAUCUGUUAAUAAACCAAUUUCAAAGGAAACCUGAAUAUAAUGUCUUCACUCUUCUGAACCUUCUUAAGUAGUGAAAAAUUUCUCGAGGACACAAAUGUUCGUCUCCUUGUAUCUUUUCGGUUACAAUAAUUGAAAAUUAUUGAGAAUGAUAAAUGGCUACUUUUGCGAUUUUCGCAGAGUUCGGCGUAA